UGACUGCAUGUGAUCGCCAUGUCAUCGUUCCAGGAGCCCGUGAUAGAGCCUCAUUUCUCUUUUGGCAACAGCCAUAGCCGUCUGAUGAAUGCCAUGGUUUCGUGGGACAAGGUAAAUCAAUUGCUGAGAGAGCUCGCGCAGGUGAGGGGAGAUAUCGAAAGCGCGUCUGCUGUGAUAGAAAACUUGCAAUCAUGGCUCGAGAAUUCUACUCACAGUGGGACGGACGAGGAAUUGGAAGCAAGAAUCGAAAAGCUCAGACGCUUGUACGUUGCAGAGCGUGAUCGUGCAAUGAGAGAAGAAAAUCUCGUGAGCAGAACAAUCCUGGAGAUCGAUGCUGUCACUGCCUGCAUGGAACUUUCUGAACAUGGAGCACAACCGAGAGAGGAAGAACGAGAGCCAACCUGAGAAGUUCUCAUCCACUCAAGAGCCAAACUGAAGGAGAGAAGCCCGUUUUCUAGAAUCAGUUACUGUAAUUAGAAAUCUGUUCCAAUAUCGCCCUCGAUAUUUUAUUUUUAUUUCUAUUUUUGGGCUUGAAUUGAACUUUAUUAUUGUAGUUAUAAUUCUAGUACUUAUGAUUCCAUCACUAUUAUGCCGAUCAGAAAUGGGUGACCUAGAACUCCAAGAAGAUCCCUCAGCUACAUGGCUGUAAGGCCCUAAACUUCCUUCACAUUCCUUCACAUAUGCUUAUCUUAUAAUGAUAUCACGUAGUUUACAGUAUUUUUAAAUCUCUUCAUUGUUGAAGAGAUUUCAGUGCUAAGAUUGAAAUAACGAAACAAUGUGCGUAUAUUUACGUCUUAUUCAGCAGUUUUUUAGCUGUAUGAAACGUGACAAUGAUCCUCAA